AAUAGUUUAUAGAGGAGUGCUAGGGGGCCAGCAGAAUUUGUGAUGUUUAGCCAUCAAUUAGCCAUCAUCAAUAUUUUCAAUGGUGUGAGAUGACAUCUAAUAGUGUAGGAUUAAUCAUUUUCUUUUCGAUGAUUAAGUGCUGUCCAAAUUUCAACAAAAGUGUUGGUCCCCUAUAUUUUCUCUAGUUUAUAAUCCCAGACUCUUUCUCUAAAACCUUUCCGCACAAAAAUCGUAGACAAUGGCUCCACCGCCGCCGCCACCAUCAUCAUCAUCAAGAAUUUGUAGACACCAAGAGCCACAUUUACCAGAUGAGUGUUGGGAAUUAAUUUUCAAACACAUCAGCGACCCUCUCGAUUACGAAUCACUCUCCCUAGUCUCACGCCAGUUAUUUUCCCUUACCAACAGCCUCCGCACCGACCUCUCCGUUCUCGACCCUGUCCGCCCUCUCCUUCCCACCCUCCUCCGCCGUUUUCCCAACAUGACGACCAUCAAAAUCACGCGCUACUUCACGGGUGACAUCAACGCACUCCUCUCCCAAAUCGCUUUGUUCGACCUACCCUCACUCCGUUCCCUCGACCUGUCCCACCAACCCACCUUCCCCUCACAUGGGUUGCAGCAAUUCUCCCAAAAGUUUCCAACUUUGAAGUCACUCAACUGUUCCUUCAUGCCUCAGGAUUUGGGCUUAAUUGUCGAGUGCUUCCCAAACCUCGAAGAAAUCGAUGUGAGUUUCCCUCCGUAUAAUUGUGAUGAGAUAACAGAUUAUUCCCGUGUAAAGGCCUUUGCUUCAGGGCUUAAGAAGCUUAGAAAGGUGAAUGUUUCAGGUAACCGUAAAUUUCGGAACUCUCACAUUUCCACCUUGUGUCAGAAUUGUCAUUUUUUAGAAGAGCUUAUUGUUCUUGAAUCAACCAGCCGUCAUAGUGAGAUAACUCAGAUUGCUAACGCAAUCCGUCAGAGAUCCCAAUUGAGGUCUUUGUCUUUUAGCGGUUGGCAUGAUAAAAUUUCGGAGUUCAUUGAUGCAUUGGUAAAUUUGAAGGGUUUGACUUGUCUUGAUUUGUCUUAUACGCCUAUAUCUGACGAAGUCUUGUGUGCUGUUGCGGAGGAAGGCCUUCCCUUGAGGAAACUCUCUCUGCAGUACUGUAGGGGAUAUGGAUACCAUGGGAUUUCUCGCUUGUUGAGAAAGUGUAACCAUUUGCAUUAUUUAGAUCUUGAGAGCACAGAAUUUCUGAAUGAUCAGCGUGUGGGUGAGUUGUCUUUGCUUCUUGGUAACUUAAACUUUGUGAAACUUAAUGGGAAUGAAAAGCUUACUGAUUUGAGUUUGUUCGCCAUAAUGCGUAACUGCCCUUUGAUAACUGAGAUCAGGAUGGAAAAUACCUGUCUUGGGAAGAAGAAGGUGGAGGAGAAUUUUUUGUUUGUGAAUUAUUCUCAUGUGAAGUUUCUCUAUUUGGCUAAUAAUUUAUGGCUAGAUGAUAGAAGUGUCACUAUACUUGCUUCCGUAUGCCCAAACUUGGAGAUGAUGGAUUUGAGCGAUUCCAGGACCUAUUCAAAGGGUGUUAUUGAAGUUUUAUGGAGGUGUUGUAAGAUUCAACGCUUGGACUUGGCUCAUUUAGGAUACAAGGAGGUUCCGUUUAAGGAUCACGGCCAGUGGGGUAAAGCAGGUGGUAAAAAAUUGCAAGCAACUAAGAAUGAUAAGUUUGUAUUCUUGUCAAAACAUAUCUACUGAUGUCAUUGCUUGGAUGUUAUUGGCAAAGUCAUCGUUGAGAAAAAUAACAUUUGCUAGUGAUGCGGGCCGGAGGGAUCUCUCCCUAAGUCAUGGAUGCGUCGUCGGCUGGGAUCUGCGCGGUCGUCGGUUGGGAUUGCGCGGUUGUUGGUUGGGAUUGCCUGGGAUUACUAAUGUAACUGAUUCUCUCCCAAUCUGAUAGGUCAAGAACUAAUUU